AUGCGAGAGCCUGCUAAGCGGGUAGGAUGCGGCGGCAUGCGGCGCGCCCUAUUCUUCAUGGCGCUGCUGACGAGGGCGGUUGGUGGCCCUACACCACAACUCACAGAAGCACCAAGUACUGAAGCCUACACGACAAAGAACCUUCUAGAGACAGUGUUCCGUAGGCCGACAACAGCUAAGCCCCGACCGGGGUCCCGGCGGAAAGGUGAUUCGCCAAUGCUGAAUUAUAUCUUCGACUCAUAUGCGACGAGCAAUAAACAUUUCCAUGAUAAGUUUAAAGCACCGUCGUUUGAAGGUGAUCUUAAUUCGGACACUAUUAUUAACGCAGACACAGGAUCGACAGUAGUUUUUGAUUGUAAAGUGUCUUCUUUGAGAGAUAAAACUGUAUCCUGGUUGAGGGUAUCUGAUGAUGAAAAUUUGGAGUUAUUGACCUUAAAUCUUGACACAUAUACCGCCGAUGCUAGGUACAGAGUUGAUUUAGCGGGUGAAAAUUGGAAAUUAUCUCUGGCAUAUGCAAAAAUCCAGGACUCCGGCAUUUAUUGUUGCCAUGUAUCAACACAUCCGCCUAUGUUAAGGAGAUUUAAAUUAAUAGUCCAUGCACCAGAAAUAAGAAUGAGUAAGGAAACAUUCCUUGAGACCGGAGAGACUCUGUCACUAAAAUGCUCCGUGCUACAUUUAAACCCUGGAGAAGUUACUCCAGAGCUCUUUUGGUAUAGAGGCAAUAACAGCACACCCUUGGACGAAGUGCGGGGAGGUGUACUGGUGGAAACAGAUCAACUAACUCUGACCAGCCAUUUGCAGGUGGCUCGUCUGAAAUUAGAUGAUGCUGGGAAUUACACCUGUGCUUUGGAAUCACCCAUACAAAUGAAGGCUGUCACCCGAGUACAUGUGUUGCAAGGUUCCAGCCUCGCUGAACUGCAGAGUGGAGUUAAAACAACAACCAGUUACAUUAGCCUCUUGCUGGCGUCACUGCUAAUUAUUCUAGCUCGCUACGGUGACGUGAGGUGACCUAGUUCGUUCUAGAAACAUCUAGAAGGCUGGUAACG